AUGGGACAAGGGUCUUCGCCGAAGCUGGCUUCCAACCAGGCAACAACGAUAGUUUUGUUGCCAGCUGAAGAACUGCUCCGUGAUCUUCUGCUUGGGUGCCGACAACAGUCGGUGACGCAAGAAUUGGAGAUAUGGAUAACUGGUGGCUGGGUGAGAGAUCGACUUCUGGGCAUCCCCUGUUCCGACUUGGAUAUCGCUCUCAGUACCAUGACUGGUGUGCAAUUCGGCAACCUUCUGGCAGAGUUCCUUGAGCAGAAUGAAGCCUCCUACCGGCAGCGCGCAUUGAACUUGGGAAUCGAGUUCAAGAAAUUCAACGGCUUUCAUACAACCAAGAAGAACCUCGACAAAAUCUUCGGCUUGGACCUGGAUCUUGUCAACCUGCGUAAGGAGGUAUACGACGACAAUUGUCGUACUCCGAAAAUGGAGUUUGGCACCGCCGAGGAAGAUGCGUUCAGACGUGACGCAACUGCUAAUGCCCUGUUUCUUGACCUGCAAAACCGAAAGGUUGCCGACUUCACUCGCAAAGGCCUGGACGAUCUGUAUGCUGGCAUAAUGCGGACGCCACUCGAGCCGAGACAGACCUUUCUCGAUGAUCCCUUGCGUAAGUUGUUCCAGCCAUCCUGA